AAUUGGUGUCUUAUACUUCAGUUUCUCCCCUCUGUUGACAGUCACUGGAUUGAAAAAUCUCCCUUGUUUCUAAUAUUGACAUGGGGAACUUAAAUAUUUUAAUUUUUUUAACAUGAUUUUGUACAUCCUAAUGAGAGUUUGAAAGACUGAUUUUGCUUAUAACUGGUUCUUUAAAAAUGUCCUCUGUACAAGACUUCAGUGUCACGUGUGUUGUUUGGUAGUUGUGUACAACUCGGUUCAACCGACUUUUCUCAUAUUGAGCAGUAAUUCAAUAGUAAGGCUUUAAGGUUAACAAGAAGUUCGAGGACACCAAAUGUUGCGAAGACUACAUGCUUUGGAAGUAAAAACUCCAGAGUUUCCUUCAGAGUUUAUUAUCAAUUUGGCUCAUUCUCUGAGAAGCUUUGCUUCCAGCCUCGAAUAUGUGUCAGUGCACCAGAACUGCCCAGUGCUGUUGGGGCUUAUGGAGCUGUGAUAGACUGUGAUGCUACAUUUGGAGACUCCUGUGUAUUUUCUUGUAAAAGUGAGGUGGGUAAUAACAGACCUUGGUGUAACCUGUCUCCUCACAUUGGACAGCUUUGAGUGAACAUGAACAUAACAACUUACCCCUUCAAAGCUAUUAGAAAUAAAGGAAUAGCUUGAUCUACUUCUUUAUCCUGAAUAGACUUUAACUGUGGGCCCUUCCCCUAAAGCAUGUGAUCCCAUUUCAUCAUUUUUUUUUCUUUGUUUUGACUCUUCAUGAGCCAUCUCGUCUGUCAUUAUGUUUUGCUUUAUUUUAUAUUUCCUUGAAGCCUUUCUGCCCCAGUACUGUACACAACAUUCCAGGAGCAUCAGUAGUAGCACCACCACUAAUUUCACAGGUAGUGAUGUGAGAACCACUAUCACUGAGCAGCAUUCCUCGUCCUUUGUCCCCACAUGCCCCACACUGCCUCACUUUGUCCCCUUAAAGGUUGCUGUGGUCUGGUUGCCCUGGCACAAUGCUGGAAGCUUACAAUGAUCCUCUAUAGCUGCUUCAUCCCUUUCUUUUUCUCUGCAUGGUUCUCUGCCAUCGCCUCUGUGGUGGUGCUGGUUUUCCCCACUGAGUAAGCAUUGUCUGUGUUCCAUACUUCAUGUUUUAGUUUGUGUUGUCUGCAUUGAAACAAAAAUAACCAGAUGGUAUAUAUCCACCACUGGGCUUAAUUAGCCGCUUUAAAUUAUUUCAGAUUACUGAUGUUCCCUAAGUGGUUUAGAGAUGCCAUUUUUAUGCCUUCCUGCUAAGUUGUGAAGGACUGGGUGAUCUCUGCCUUGCCUCUGCCCUGCGAAAUGAGUUCAGCCAAAUGUAUCAUUCAGGUUCUAUAAACUUGCAGCCAGUGUGGGCUGACAAAUCUUGUUGCCUAGACCUACACAAGAGGUUGUUUGACAUAAUCUGGCGGUUAAAAAAAACAUUUUUCUUUUUCCUAGUGCAGAGACAGUUUUAUUUAGGGAAUGCAGGGGCUCGGUUAUGCAUGCAAGCGUUUCAGCAUUUCUGUGUCCCAGGCAAUGGCCUUUUACUGAAAAGAUGUAUCCCCAGUAGAUGAAGAACAUCAACUGAGACAAAUUCGUAAAAAUGCCGUCUUGUUUUUCAAGGCUACCAGAGGCCAUUAUAAUCCAAAGCUGCAUAGCACCAUGUGCAAAAACCCUGCAGCCAUGGGGUAAGAAGGCAGCUGACUGCAGACAAGUGUCUGUUUUUUAAUGAGGAUUAGUUAAGGUAGAGUUGUCAUAAAGUGAUGGCCUUGAAAAUAUGUUACUUUCUUUUACGAGAAUGUUAGGUGUGAGGUUAAGGUGUGGUUUCAUCAGUCCUCCUCCACCUUUUUAUCUGUCUCCCCCAUAUCUCUCACAGUAGCUUAGUCAGCAGCAUUUUCUUGCUUCGUUGGUUUUGAAAAGGACUUGCUGCUCCCUGCUGUCAGAUUAUGUCCAGGAGACUGUCUCAGGUCAACAGUCAUAAGACAUUCUUUGCUCAAUUCUUUUCCCAGCCUAGAAAAUGAAAGAAAACAAGAAAAAAACAACACCCAAAAAAACAGAAAUUGGGGAGUGGGGAAGGGAGGCAUGGUCUAAGUUACCUGGUCUCUGUAUGCAGUUCCCAUAAAGAAGGUGGUUCUACAGUGGAUGUCUGAGUUCCUUGAGUCUGCUUGGCCAGUCUGGGACACCUGAGAGAGCAGAACUUCUAGCAUCAGUUGUAUUUUAGAACAGGUAUUUGAACUUGGUAGUGCCAGUAUCAUGGAAAUACUUAAACUGUAAUUAAGCAUUCACUGUCUGAGUGAGUAAUACAAGCAAAGGCAAUCCACAUUUACCAUCUCCCUUACAAAUAUGGGAUAACAAUGAUGCCAGUGUUAGUAGUAAAUGAGUAGAUACGUAAAAUGUGGAAUUAGUUUGGAUUUGAAUGUGUAGCAUGAAAAAAGAAAGGUGUUACUCACUGUUUUUAAGCUGUAACUCUGAUCUUCACAGUAUCUAAAUGUUUGGAUUUAUAAAUUUGGUAAAAACUCUUUGUUGUUUACAGACAGCACAGGAAGAACGUGUUGCAAGCUGAAAAAGGAAACUCAGACAGUUUAUAAGCCACUGCUGUCAUGAGGAUAGAACUGGCCAUCCUUGGGCUUCCUUACACAUUUCCUUUUGGAUUAGACAUUAUUUGGAGAUGUGGAGUUUGAGCACCCACGCUUCUGUGGUCUAAGGGAAGAAUUCAACGCUGGAACACUCCAAAGAUACCUCCAUGCAUUGAAACAAAGUAACUGCAGCUGAGACCUGAGAUUGUUCCAUCUUCAGUGCUUCUAGGUCUGGAUUAAAGAGUCUGCUGAGCUGAUGCAGGAGGCCAUGGUCUUCUGAGCUCUGUUAGACUGGGGUGUUUGUUUGAAUACAUAGAAGAAGAUGAUGACAAGCGUGCCUGGACAAUUUUACGUAAUUAACACCUGCUAGAUGUGCAAAAGGCAAUUAUUGCUGUGAAGUGUUUACAUUGAUUUAUGGGAGGAAGGUGGCCCAAGAGAGGGAUGCUGAUAAUAUCAACCCAGUGGAUUAAAUGCACAUUUACACCUUUAUUGACAUAUAAAUUAUCCAUGCCAGGAAUGCACUGAAACGGCUGCUGAUGGGGCAAUAAUGUGGCACAAAGUACUGGGUUUGGAUUCAGCUCUGUCAUCCUUCUGUAAGGCACAGCAACGGGAUUCUGCAUCUGAGCUCAAGUAGGGAACAGAGGCUUACAGACUGGCUGUCUGUUAGGAUAAUGAGCAGUGAUGGCAAGUGAGAACUUGGAAGGAUGAUAAAAAACGUGGCUGAGGUCUGAAGGAGUACUCUUGCUUUUUUUUUUUUUUCAAAUGACUUUAAGGUUUUUGUUGUUGUUCAUACUAUGGAUUUUUAGAGAAAGCUGAAAGAGGCCGGAGGAGUGUUUGUAGCUGGGAAAUGGAACCUGGCUCUGAAUCCAGCCAGCAUCAGAAGAGAAAGCCAGUGACACAUGGACUGGAAGAUCAAAAAAGGAUUUACACGGAUUGGGCUAAUCACUAUCUGGCAAAAUCUGGCCAUAAGAGAUUGAUAAAGGAUCUGCAGCAAGAUGUGACCGAUGGAGUCUUAUUAGCUGAAAUAAUCCAGGUUGUAGCAAAUGAAAAGAUUGAAGACAUCAAUGGCUGCCCAAAAAACAGAUCUCAAAUGAUUGAAAACAUAGAUGCAUGCCUGAGUUUCCUGGCUGCUAAGGGGAUUAACAUACAGGGGCUGUCAGCAGAAGAAAUCCGGAAUGGGAAUCUAAAGGCCAUCCUGGGCCUCUUCUUCAGUUUGUCUCGAUACAAGCAACAGCAGCAGCAGCCACAGAAACAGACAGCACAGCACCAUCUGUCCCAGCCAGCUCCCUCUGUGUCCCUGCAAGCAGGGCCUGCAUCUCAGGGCCAGGCUGGGCCGCAGCAGCAGCAAGUGCCAGCUUCGCUCCAAACUCAGUGCCAACAGCCCCAGCAAGCUGUACAGCAUCCGUUCAAAGCACAACCAGAAAUGCAGUCAAGUGCAUCUCCCAGGGACUCAUCUCAAAGCAAAAUCAUCCGAUUCACUCUUGGUCAGAAAAAGUCUUCUAGGCUGCCAGGCCCGACCACGAGGGUGUCCACUGCAGGCAGUGAGACAAAAACUCGUGGUGCUGUCAGUACCAACAAUCGCCGCAGCCAGAGCUUUAACAAUUAUGACAAGUCCAAGCCUGGAGUUCUUCUUCCAGCAUCCACAAGUUGCAAUGAAAAAGAGCCUGCAGACAGUACAGCCUUCCAGCCCACAGGAAUGAAUGAAAAUGUAUCAUCCUCAGUUCAAAGCUGCAGCGGUACUACUGGUUGCAAUAACUCCUCGGCCAUCCCUCAGCCCAGCUCUGCUAUUAAGCCUUGGCGCAGCAAGUCCCUCAGUGCUAAGCACACAGCGACGUCUUCCAUACUAUCCGUAAAGCAGCCCGUACCAGAGCCUCCAAAACCACCCUCAGAAGUCGUCAAAACAACUCCCAAUGGCCAAAAAUCCAUGCUGGAAAAGUUGAAACUCUUCAACAGCAAAGGAGGCUCCAAAGCAGGGGGGACGACGCUUGAGUGUUCCACAUCUCGUGACAGCAGUUGUGAAAAGCUAGAGAUACUUCCCAGCUUUGAGGAGAGCGAAGAAAUCGAUGCCACAAAUCAGAAUGUGAGCAAUCCAGGAUCAAUGUCCAGUAGCCCCAAAAUUGCACUCAAGGGAAUCGCACAAAGGACUUUCAGCCGGGCACUGACUAACAAGAAAAGUUCUCCCAAGGGUAAUGAGAAGGAGAAAGAGAAACAGAAGGAGAAAGAAAAGGAUAAAAGUAAAGACACGGGAAAAAGAACAUCUAUGACCGAAAAGCUGGGUGUGAAAGAGGAACCAAAAGAAGAGCAGACAGUGCUAGCAACAGCAGAGAUGCCAAAAAAGUCCUCAAAGAUUGCAAGCUUUAUUCCAAAAGGAGGAAAGCUGAACAGUGCCAAGAAGGAGGCCUCGGCCCCUUUGCACAGUGGAAUACCAAAACCAGGAAUGAAAAACACUGCAGGGAAAUCCUCAAGUGCCCCAGUUUCUACAAAAGAAAGUGAGAGGAGCCGCAGUGGGAAACCUGGCUCGGGACUCUCGCAUCAGAAGUCUCAGCUAGACAGCAGGAAUUCCAGUUCCUCUUCAAGCUUAGCCUCUUCUGAAGGAAAAGGCAUCGGAAGCCUCAACAGCAGCAACAGCAGCCAGUCUGUCAGCGGGCCGGCCACCACACACAGCACGGGAAGCAACACCGUCAGUGUUCAGCUACCUCAGCCCCAGCAGCAAUACAGUCACCCGAACACGGCCACAGUAGCUCCGUUCAUGUACAGAUCCCAGACAGAGAAUGAAGGAAAUGUAACAGCUGAGGCCAGCACAGGAGGGGUCAGCAUGGAUCCUACUCUCUAUGUCAAAACUGGACAGCCUGGUCUCGAAGACCUCUCAGGAGAGGAUCCAGAAACUCGGCGAUUACGAACUGUGAAAAACAUUGCCGAUCUUCGACAGAACUUGGAGGAAACAAUGUCCAGCUUGCGGGGAACCCAGGUCACUCACAGCACCUUGGAAACGACAUUUGACACCAACGUGACCACCGAGAUCAGCGGUCGCAGCAUUCUCAGCUUGACGGGACGACCCACCCCUUUGUCAUGGAGACUGGGGCAGUCCAGCCCCCGCCUGCAGGCAGGUGAUGCUCCGUCCUUGGGGAACGGCUAUCCUCCCAGAGGGAACGCCAGCCGCUUCAUCAACACAGAAUCAGGACGUUACAUGUAUUCAGCACCUUUGCGCAGACAGCUGGCAUCCCGCGGUAGCAGCGUCUGCCAUGUGGACAUCUCAGACAAAGGAAGUGAUGAAAUAGAUUUGGAAGGCAUCACCAUGGAUGCCACCGGCUACAUGAGUGAUGGAGAUGUGCUGGGCAAGAAUAUCAGGACUGACGAUAUCACCAGUGGGUAUAUGACAGAUGGUGGCUUGGGCCUCUACACGCGAAGGCUAAACCGGCUGCCUGAUGGCAUGGCUGCAGUGCGGGAGACCAUGCAGCGCAACACGUCCCUGGGACUUGGAGAUGCUGACAGCUGGGAUGACAGCAGCUCUGUCAGCAGUGGAAUCAGUGACACCAUAGAUAAUCUCAGCACUGAUGACAUUAAUACCAGCUCCUCUAUCAGCUCUUACGCCAACACACCUGCCUCCUCCCGUAAAAACUUAGAUGCACAGACUGAUGCAGAAAAGCAUUCCCAGGUCGAGCGGAAUUCCUUAUGGUCCAGCGAUGAAGUCAAGAAAUCAGAUGGAGGAUCCGACAGUGGCAUAAAAAUGGAGCAAGGAUCCAAAUGGAGGAGGAAUCCAUCUGAUGUGUCUGAUGAAUCUGAUAAAAGCACUUCUGGUAGGAAGAACGCUGUUAUUUCGCAGACGGGUUCCUGGCGACGGGGCAUGUCGGCUCAGGUUGGCAUUACCACACCAAGGACUAAACCUUCAACCACCUCGGGCACAUUAAAGACACCUGGAACAGGGAAAACUGAUGACGCCAAGGUAUCAGAGAAGGGUAGACUAUCUCCUAAGGCUGGACAUGUUAAACGUUCCCCAUCAGAUGCAGGACGCAGCAGUGGUGAUGAAUCCAAAAAGCUUCCCACAAGUAACUCUAGAGCAACUGCUGCUAAUGCUAAUGCAUUCGGAUUUAAGAAACAGAGCGGGUCAGCCGUAGGCAUGACCAUAAUUACUGCCAGUGGGGCAACUAUCACCAGCAGAUCAGCUACUCUGGGAAAAAUUCCAAAGUCGUCCGGACUCAUGGGUAGAACCGCUGGUCGGAAGACUAGUGUUGAUGGCUCACAGAACCAGGAUGAUGGCUACUUAGCGCUCAGUGCUCGAACUAACCUUCAGUAUCGUAGUUUACCCAGGCCCAGUAAAUCAAGUAGCAGAAGUGGAGCUGGGAAUAGAUCUAGCACUAGUAGCAUAGACUGCAACAUAAGCAGCAAAUCAGCUGGGUUGCCUGUCCCUAAAAUGAGAGAGCCUGCCAAGGUAAUUCUUGGAAGCUCUCUGCCAGGAUUAGUCAAUCAGACUGAUAAAGAGAAAGGGAUUUCGUCUGACAACGAAAGCGUGGCCUCAUGUAAUUCUGUUAAAGUGAACCCUGCAUCACAGACUGCUUCUAGUGGAGCUCAAAGUACUCACCAGCAAGGAGCCAAGUACCCUGACGUGGCCUCUCCCACUUUGCGCAGACUUUUUGGUGGAAAGCCUAGUAAGCAAGUUCCCAUCACAACAGCAGAAAAUAUGAAAAAUUCAGUAGUUAUCUCCAAUCCUCAUGCUACUAUGAACCAGCAGGGUAAUCUUGAUUCACCAUCUGGCAGUGGUAUACUAAGCAGUGGGGGCAGCAGUCCUCUCUAUAGUAAAAACACAGAUUUGAACCAGUCUCCACUAGCUUCUAGUCCCAGUUCUGCACAUUCAGCUCCUUCCAACAGUUUAACUUGGGGCACCAACGCAAGUAGCUCUUCAGCUGUUAGCAAGGAUGGCAUUGGCUAUCAGUCUGUCAGCAGUCUUCAUACCAGCUGUGAAUCCAUUGAUAUCUCUCUGAGCAGUGGAGGUGGGCUGAGCCAUAACUCCUCCGGGAGUUUGAUUCCAGCCUCUAAAGAUGAUUCUCUGACUCCCUUUGUCCGAACCAACAGCGUUAAGACCACACUGUCUGAAAGCCCUCUUUCUUCCCCUGCUGCUAGUCCCAAAUUCUGCAGAAAUACUUUGCCCAGGAGACAGGACAGCGACCCACAUCUUGAUAGGAACACUUUGCCUAAGAAGGGACUCAGGUAUACUCCUUCCUCCCAGCUUCGUAGCCAGGAAGAUGCAAAAGAAUGGCUACGGUCGCAUUCAGCAGGGGGGCUCCAGGACACUGCUGGCAAUUCUCCAUUUUCAUCAGGAUCCAGCAUAACAUCGCCUUCUGGAACUAGAUUUAACUUCUCCCAGCUUGCAAGCCCAACCACUGCAGCCCAGAUGAGCCUGUCAAAUCCAACCAUGCUGCGGACUCACAGCCUUUCCAAUGCAGAUGGUCCCUAUGACCCUUACAGUGACACCCGCUUCAGAAACAGCUCCAUGUCCCUGGAUGAGAAGAGCAGAACUAUGAGCCGCUCUGGCUCAUUCCGUGAUGGCUUCGAAGAAGUGCAUGGUUCUUCUCUCUCUUUGGUGUCCAGUACAUCAUCUAUUUAUUCGACACCUGAAGAGAAGUGCCAAUCAGAGAUUCGCAAGCUACGAAGAGAGUUGGAUGCAUCCCAAGAGAAGGUAUCAGCUCUGACAACUCAGCUGACUGCAAAUGCCCACCUUGUGGCAGCAUUUGAGCAGAGUCUGGGAAACAUGACGAUCAGACUGCAGAGCCUCACCAUGACAGCUGAACAAAAGGACUCUGAACUGAAUGAGCUAAGGAAGACUAUUGAACUACUGAAGAAGCAAAAUGCUGCUGCCCAGGCUGCAAUUAAUGGAGUCAUCAACACACCUGAGCUCAACUGCAAAGGAACUGGAGCUGCUCAACCCACAGACCUGCGGAUCCGAAGGCAGCACUCUUCAGAUAGUGUCUCCAGCAUUAACAGUGCUACCAGCCACUCUAGCGUGGGAAGCAACAUAGAGAGUGAUUCAAAGAAAAAGAAGAGGAAGAACUGGGUCAAUGAGUUACGCAGCUCCUUCAAGCAAGCUUUUGGUAAAAAGAAAUCUCCCAAGUCAGCAUCUUCUCAUUCAGAUAUUGAGGAGAUGACAGAUUCUUCAUUGCCUUCAUCACCAAAGCUGCCACACCAUAAUUCUACUGUUUCUACACCAUUGCUGAGAGCUUCUCAUUCCAAUUCUCUUAUUUCUGAAUGCACAGACAGUGAAGCUGAAACAGUCAUGCAGUUACGCAAUGAACUAAGAGACAAGGAGAUGAAGUUGACUGACAUUCGUCUAGAAGCCCUUAGCUCUGCUCAUCAGCUCGACCAGCUUCGGGAGGCAAUGAACAGAAUGCAGAGUGAAAUCGAGAAGUUAAAAGCAGAAAAUGAUCGACUGAAAUCUGAAAACCAUGGCAGCUGCAGCAGGGCUCAGUCUCAGGCUUCCAUUUCUUCCUCUCCAAGGCAUUCAGUGGGUCUCUCUCAACACAGUUUGAACCUCAUGGAGUCAUCUAGUCUCGACAUGCUGUUAGAUGACACUGGUGAUGGCUCUGCCCGCAAGGAAGGAGGCAGACAUGUCAAAAUAGUUGUCAGCUUUCAGGAUGAAAUGAAAUGGAAGGAGGAUUCAAGGCCUCGCUCCUUCCUCAUAGGCUGCAUUGGAGUGAGUGGGAAGACCAAAUGGGAUGUUCUGGAUGGCGUUGUUAGGCGGUUGUUUAAGGAGUACAUCAUUCAUGUGGAUCCAGUGAGUCAGCUGGGACUGAAUUCAGACAGUGUUCUGGGUUACAGCAUUGGAGAGAUCAAACGCACAAAUAGUGCUGAGACACCUGAGCUGUUGCCCUGUGGCUAUCUGGUUGGAGAAAACAAUACUAUUUCAGUUACCAUCAAAGGCGUCUGCGAAAACAGCUUGGACUGCCUGGUGUUUGAAUCACUGAUCCCAAAGCCCAUCCUGCAGCGCUACGUUUCUCUCCUGCUGGAACACCGGAGGAUUAUCUUGUCUGGCCCCAGUGGCACUGGUAAAACAUACCUAGCAAACAGGCUCUCUGAGUAUAUGGUCCUGCGGGAGGGCAGGGAGCUGGCUGACGGAAUUAUUGCAACCUUCAACGUGGACCAUAAGUCCAGCAAGGAACUCCGCCAAUACCUGUCCAACCUAGCAGACCAGUGUAAUAGUGAAAAUAAUGCUGUAGAUAUGCCUCUUGUAAUCAUUUUGGACAACUUGCAUCAUGUUAGCUCCCUAGGAGAGAUCUUCAACGGACUUCUAAAUUGCAAGUACCACAAAUGUCCGUAUAUUAUUGGCACAAUGAACCAAGCCACCUCCUCAACACCGAAUCUUCAACUUCACCAUAAUUUCAGAUGGGUGCUAUGUGCUAACCACACUGAGCCAGUCAAGGGCUUUCUUGGCCGUUUCCUGAGAAGAAAAUUGAUUGAAACAGAAAUCAGCAGCAGAAUGAGAAAUGCAGAGCUGGUUAAAAUUAUUGAUUGGAUUCCUAAGGUCUGGCAACAUUUGAACAAGUUCUUGGAGGCCCACAGCUCCUCCGAUGUUACUAUUGGUCCACGGCUCUUCCUCUCUUGUCCAAUAGAUGUAGAUGGUUCAAGAGUUUGGUUUACUGACUUGUGGAACUACUCCAUCAUCCCAUACCUGCUGGAGGCAGUCAGAGAAGGGCUGCAGCUGUACGGGAGGAGAGCUCCCUGGGAGGACCCUGCCAAAUGGGUAAUGGACACGUACCCAUGGGCAGCCACCCCACAGCACCACGAGUGGCCUCCUCUGCUACAGCUGCGACCUGAGGACGUGGGGUUUGAUGGCUACUCCUUGUCACGGGAAGGCUCAACCAGCAAGCAAGUUCCAGUGAGUGAUGCUGAAGGAGAUCCACUGAUGAACAUGCUAAUGAGACUGCAGGAAGCAGCCAACUACUCAAGUCCCCAGAGUUAUGACAGUGACUCUAACAGCAACAGCCAUCACGAUGACAUUCUCGAUUCAUCUCUGGAGUCAACGUUGUGAUCUUCAUCGGAUAGAAAUAGGGCAUUUCCAUGAUUGCUGUCCCACUUGAUGAGAAUCCCAAUCAGAAACUCAUGAAAGGAACGUGUUCCUGGGCUGGGCUGGUAUCUCAGUAUUAGAGCUGCAAUAACAAGAAGACACUUAGAGUCAGUCUUGAACCUGGGUGCAGGCAACCCAAGCAACCUUUGUAUUGUUUUUCUUCUUACAACGAUAAGAGCUGCACUAUUCCUUUGUUUUCUUCUGUUUAGUUGCUGUAAGCUCUCAUGCCUAAGAUACUGAAGAUGCUAAAAAUAGUCAUCGUUACUAAAAGAAAAAACAGUUAAAGGGGGUGGAUUUCACAACUAUGAAGCAAACAGCUUUGUGCCAUGUAGAGAAGGAGAGGGGAGAGGAAAUUUUUGCCUAUGCUGCUUUUGACCAAACACAUUUAGGUGAGGGCUGGACUUUUACCAAUCAGCUUUGCAGAUUAAACUCAGCUUUGUAUAGUUCUGGUGCUAUAACAAUACUGCUUGCCUUGGUAUAAUACUCCAUAAAGGCAAAGCUGCUAAACAGGGAAGUUUAAAUAACUAUAAUAAAAGGGGGGGAGGGGGGAAGAAUGAAAAGAAAAAACACUGCUCUCCUUGCCAGUCUGAGACCUUGGCUUUCUUUUGUUAUGUGUUUGUAAAGAUAGACAUAUAUAUAAAUAGGAAUAUAUAAAAGUAUAUAUACAGUCUGAACAAAUCAGGUUUUUUCCAGCACUGUGUAACCAUCAGUCCUACUACUGGUUAACUAUCAGGUGGCCCUCUGCUGGGCAGGGCCCAGUUCUCCUCCACAUCCUUCUGUGAUGCUCAGUUGACUUCAGCUGGGGGGAGUUUCCCUCUUCUGCAGAAGUCAGCACAAGUCCUACAGCUCUACAGGACCUGAGGGAGCACAGGGGCAUCCCGUGAGCCCUGUGUGCGCAGGGUAGGUAGCUACACCCCUGAAGGGAUGGUCAGACUUUCAGUUCUUAAUUCGUGCCAUGAAACGUUACAGCAGUUUUCUAAAAAUGUUGGGUUUUGUUCAGGGUUUUUGUUCCUGUCAGCACAACCAUGAAUGGAUUAAUUACAACUCAGCUCUGUGACAGUUCCAAGUGCUACUGUGAUGACCAUGUUUCCUCCCAUGGCUUUUCUUUUUAACUGCAAAAAAAAAAAAAAAAAUAGUAUUCUAGCAGGAAGGAAGGUACUGUGUCUUUUGAGUUUACCCAGGCCAUGCUUUUGAGUUUUGGCAGAGCUGUGAACCUGGUUUUAUUUCUCCUCCUCUCCGAAUAUGCACACCUAUGCUCUCAGCGUUAAGGCUUUGUACUUCUGUUGGGGAACAGGAGCACCUCACCAAGAAUUGCACUUUCCUCUCCGUGGAAGCUGACGCUCACACCAGCAGCCCCACCAAGCCAGCUGCACUGGGCUGUACCUCAACACAACACCAUUCCUCACUGUUGGCCUGUACGAGCCUUCCCAGCUAUCUUUUGGUGCUGAAUUUUGAAGCGAUGCCUUAUUUUGUACUAAUUUUUUUUUUAUUAUUAAAUUAGUGCUGUAUAUUCUGGGAUUUUAUUUAAAUAAACAGGGCUAAGUCAUCUCUUGGAAUAUUGUACAUUGCUGUGAAUAUGGUUUGGACAAGACACUAGAAUUGGUCGCAAUGUGACAAAGAGAAAGGAGGGGAAUGAUAACUUUUCAGGUUCAUAUCAAUCUGCAGCUAUAAGUCCUUGAAGAGCUCUUUUAUCCAUGCAGGAAAAGAAAAAAAAAAAAAGAUUUUCAACUAGAAUAAAUGCUGUCACUAUUAAAUUACAGAAAUGUGCUGGUGUUUGUCAAUGUACAGAAAGAAAACUCAUUAUGAACACUUCUUUAGGAGCCUGUUAAUCCGUCUGGGUUUAAAGUAAUGAAAGAGACAAGUUCAUGCUCCUGGGACUCAGUUGGAGAGGAUAGCUUGAUGAUACCUCAUUACUUCCUGUAACAUACCUGUGCUUACGUUGUCUUACUGAGCUGGUCUUGAAUCUGCUCCUGUUACAACUUCUAAGUGCUGAUGACUCUUUUUUUAAUUAUUAUUUUAAAGAAAAGUAUUGUAAAAGAAAAAUUAAAAUAUUUUAAU